AAAAAGAAAAUGGGAAAGGAGAGAGCCAAAUGGAAAGAUAUAUAUGGCAAGGAAAUGGAGGAAACAAAGAUUUCCUCUAAUGUCCUCCAACCACACCCACACACAAUUCAACCUCUUCCUAUAACUAACCCCUCUUUUUUCCCUUCCAUAAAUGGGAUUUUAUUUAAGUUUUUUCCUACAUUUAGAGCCUCAACAAAGAGAUAAAAUAUAUCUCAAUACCCCAUCCACAUUCACUCCUCCUUUAUCCCUCUUAAUAAAAUGGACCAAUAAGUGUGUGGAGACUUCAAAGAUUUGAUUUUUUGGUGUGGGUUUGAGUUUUCUUGAAAUUUAGUGGCUUUUUUCCUUGGAGGGUAUGUGCUAGUUAAUAAAGAUGAAAAGGUCUAUAGAGGGUAUCAAUGGAAUUAAUUUUGUUGAUGAAGAAGAAUCCAAGGUGAAGCUUAAGCAGAAAAAUAUGUUAAAUGAGUUAUUAGAACUGCAAAAGGAUUUUGUCUCCAAGAAGAGGAAGUUGCAGGCUGCAAAGCAGAGGAGAGAUAACAUUUUGGGUGAAAUCAUAUUUUUAAAGCAAAGGCAUAGGUACUUGCUGAAAAUGCAAUCUUCCAAUGUCGAUACGGAAAGAAAUAUUUCACAUAUGAAAAAUUUCGAUGCUGAAAGUGAAGUCUCUGAAGAAGAAAAAUCCAAUAAUGGCUGUGAUGCAGGGGUAGAAACAGCUCGUCCCGCCUUUACCUCAAAGUUCAAUUUGGGAUGUGAAGUAGGAAACGAGGAAGUUGCAACAAGUAGGGACGUGUUGAAAUUGGAGUGUAUGCCAAAGAAAUACCUGAUUGAUGACAACAAUCGAGUUGGAAAGAAGAAACUCGAUUGGCAUGCUCAAGUGACUUUAAAGGUCUAAAUUCUGAUACAUCUUUCUUUUAAGAGAGUAAUCUCCAUAAGAUAUUGGACAAUUCAUUCUUCAUCUUAUUGAUAUCUUAUUUUCGAUUCGCUUUUCCCUUUC